CUUUAUCGAGAAGUCCGCGGUCACACUGCGAGGACGUCCAAUUUAUUGAUUCUCUUUGAUAAAAAAGUGGGUAAAACUGUGCAGCGCGGGGGAGAUCACGUCUUUCGGUCGCAUUGGAACGCAGCCCACACCACCUGCCCCAAGUACUUAAACUACAUUGCAGCCACCUGCCCCCUCCUCGCAUACGACCCCGCAUUAAUUGACAGUGUCCGCCAGGGACGAUACCGAAAAUGGUCGACGCUGCCAGGCAAAUGCUCGAUGAGCUAAUGGGCCGCAAUCGCAACCUGCAUCCUUCGGAGGCAGGACUCAAGGUGAACUGGGAAGAUCCAGAGUUUUGUCAGUUCUACAAUGUAAAGUUCUGCCCGCACGAUCUCUUUAUCAACACACGUGCCGACCUCGGCCCCUGCGCCCGCAUUCACGACGAGGAGGCCAAGCAUCUGUACGAGGAGGCGCGUCCGGCACGCAAGCGCCAGUACGAGGAUGAGUUCCUGCGCUUCUGCAACGUGAUGCUGCACGAUGUGGACCGCAAGAUUCAGAAGGGCAAGCAGCGUCUGCAGCUAAUGCAGCGCGAUCAGCCGCCACCAUCGCAGCAGGUGAGCAAGCACCAGGACCAGCUGAACACUCUGAAUGGGCGCAUCAACAAGCUGCUGGCGGAGGCCGAAGAGGCCGGCAUCCGCGGUGACGUUGACCAGGCCAAGGAUCUGAUGACGCUCUGCGAUGAGGUCAAGGAGGAGAAGGAGCAACUGUUGCAGCAGUUCGAGGCCAGCCGCAAGGCAAACAGCAAGAUGCUUGCCUCGGACCCGAACAGCGCUGACGAUCCCAUGGCCAGUCCCGGUACAAGAUUCAGCGAUUUUCCAGCGAUCCACGACAGCACCCCUACACCAGCCACAAACCCAGCCGCCAGUGAUUUGGCUGAGGAAGCAGGAACAGCAGUGACAGGAAAAGCCUCCCCAACCGAAGUGGACACAGAGGCAACUGGCGGUGGCGGUGGAGUGGCAGCAGGAACCGAUGGGGAGGACAAGCCAGACAAUACAGACAACAAAUCGCAGUCAAAUUGGUCGCACGAUUCCCUGCCCGAGAAGCAGAUGAAGGUGUGCGAGAUAUGCGGCGCCUUUCUGAUCGUUGGCGAUGCCCAGCAGCGCAUCGAGGACCAUCUGAUGGGCAAGCAGCAUCUGGGCUACUCGAAGGUGCGCAACGCGGUGGCCGAAAUCAACGAUGAGCGGCAGAAGGAGCGCGAUCAGGAGCGUGAGCAGGAACGCGAGCAUGAGGAACGCAGGCGCCGCGAGGGUCGGGGCCAGCGCUUCAACUCCUACGACAAUAGACGCGAGCCGCGCGAGUAUCGGGAGCGCAGUCGCGAGUAUGCCCCGAACCGUCAGACCUCAGACAGGCGCCAUCAUCACCACAAGUCGCACCACGGCCACUCGUACUCGCGCAGCGGUAGCAACAGCAACAGCAGCAACCGUAGCCGGCACCACAAUCACAGCCACUAUCGUCAGGAUAGCCGUGAGCGGCAUGGCCGCAGUCGCAGCCGCAGUCGUUACUAGAGACCAAAACAGAAGCAGAAGCAAAAGCAGAACAAAACAAAGAAGAAGCUGAAGCAGAAGCACACCAAAAUCCGAGAAUAUGCGAACACGAACUCAGCCGUUACUGCGCGGUCCUUUGUAGCUAAACCCACUCCCCCCGAAUGUACCCAAUGCAUCCAACGCGCAUCCACAACGAGCACGCCCGAGUCCACGUCCCAUCUGCUGCUGCGGCGAACACACGAAACACACAAGCCGCAAACUGAAACCGAAAGAGAAAGAGAAGAAGCAAACACCACCAUCGAGGUACCCCAAAACAAUAAUUAACAAAAAUUUCAAGUAUAAUGUAUCAGAACAGUAAAAAAAAAAGAAAAAAAGAACAGAGCAGAAACAGAAUCAGAAGAGAGUGAGAAUGAGCUGAGAGCGUGAGCUGGCAGGCGAGAUCAGAGAUCCUUGCCAGAGCAUGGAUCCACCAAUGAGGAGGAACAUUCGGAAUGCUCUUGAACUGGAACUGGCUUUGGAUAUGGAUCUGUGGUCAAGAGAGGCAAAAAAAGAUAGAGAGAGAAAAAGAGAAAGAGAGAGGAAGAGGCAGAGAGAGAGAGAGAGAGAUGUAUAGAUAGAAAGAAGAGCCAACCAGGUAACUUCUAUGCCACACCUCCCCCCCACACAUAAAUGUUUCUUCACGACAGACAAGGCCGCGGCAUCGCUCCAUCCAUGAACCACGAACGCACUCUGCUGCCAUCCACGAUCCACGAUCAACGAUCAACAAACUGUCCACCAAGCCAUCUCUGAUCCCGGAAGAGAGCGAGAGACACAUCGCAUAGAACAGUUAUUAGAGACAAACGAGGUGAAUUGCUAUUUCUCUCAUCAAUAAAUAUACAUAUAUAUAUAUAGCCCUCGACCCCGACCUCCAGCCCCUGUUCAAUGAACCCCCCCACACGCAUCUUCCACGCUGUCUCCCCAGUCUAUGCCUAACGACUGGCCGUCACCGGCGACACCAGACCAGAUCUUCUAUGGAGUAAGUCCAUAGGCUAAAAGCCCUUUCCCUUUCUGAUCUCUGGUGCGCCAGUGAAUGCUUGAGCGAGGGAGCGCCUUUCUCCAAACCCAACUCCAACUCCAACUCCUUUCCAUUUCAAUUCAAUUGAGUCCCCACCCACACCAUCACUUCGUGGCAAAGCGCAUCCCCAUAUUCCCAUUCUGUCCCCAAAAAGGAAUGAUCAAGUUUGAGGACAAUUAUGUAGAGCCUAACGAAUCAAUAAUUAUUUAUCUAACCAUCGAUCGAUCGAACGCCCUGUAGUCAUGUAAAGAUGUUUUUAAGUAUGAUUUACGUACGCUAUGAGUAAGGAUACAACAUUCUAAAUAGUGAGACUCGCAAUAAUUUUCUAAAUAAAGAUCAAAACGAAUCCCCAAAAACAA